GUUCGGUUUUGACCGAUCUUUACCGACGAACGACUGCUUACUGGGUACGUUAACAAGUACAAGUUGUGACAAGACAGUUUUUUGGUUCAUCACGUCGUUUUUGCCGCGCCGUUACACUGUUAAAUUAUUUUUUGUUUUACAUCUAUCCGUAAAUUGAAUUCAAUCUGUAUUAAUGCGCAUUUUGCCAAUUAACAAACUAUGUAAAAAAUAAAAAUAUUCUAACGGGAAACCAACAAUUAAAAAAUUAAACAAGAAAGUUAAUAUACCUACCACGAAAAAUAAGUUUAUUAUUGUGCACAUAACAAAAGUGUAAAACAAAAAUAAAUACAAAAAAAGUGAGAUACUACAUUAAAAGUUAAAAAAGAAUAUAAUAAGCAAAGCAGAAGAAGAAAAGAAGAAGAAAAAGAGAGACAGCAACCUUAUGAAAGGGGAAAAGGAGUCAAUUUUUGAGGAGAAACAAAUAUUACAAAAGCAAACAUUCUUUAAAACAAAUGCGCAACAAAAAUUGAAGAAAUUCAUCCAACCAUAUAUACGCUACUAGUAACAAAAUCACGUCAAAAAUAUUAAGAAGAAUCAAAUAACACUUACAGCGGCAGUUAAUAAAAAUAAUAAUAACAAAAAAAAAAAACAAACAAAUAAAGUAAACAUCGAAGAGAUUGGUGGCAACACAUUAUUUUUUUAAACCAUUGCCUCGCGUCCUUCCUUAUUAAUAAUACAAAAAUAUUUACAUCACACUCAAAACAAGUAGCAAUAUUUUAACAAUCAUUAAAACCAAAACAAAAACAUUGAACCAUUUUACUACAAAAAUGUAGAAAUAAGCAAUCUAUUAAAAUUUAUACAUAUGACGUUAAACAUCAAUGACAUUGUGAGGGGUCUUGAAUUGAAUGAAAAGUAUAUAUAUAUUUUGUAAGUAAUAUGUUAUGAACAACAAAAUCAAAAAUAUAAUGUUAAUUAAUUUAUAUAAAUCAAUCACCAAGAAAAAUGUUUAAAAUUAAUAAGUUUUGUAGCAGUAGUUUUGAUGCAACAAUUGAUUUUAGUUAUAUUUUUAAACUAACAAAAAUAAACGAAAUCACAUUGAAAAGAAACAUAAAUCUUAUAAAUAAUAAUAAAAAUUAUAGUAAAAGAAUUCCAAAGUAUUAUUGUUGUUGAUAAUUAUGAAAAGUCCAAGUGAUAUAAAUGAUAAAAAAUUAAACGUUAUCGUUAGUGUGUGCUUCGUCAAAUCGAAAACCGGUUACGAAAAUAAAAUAAAUAAACUAAAAUUAGCUAAAUUGCAGUUAAUAUCAACUAAUAUAAUAAUUUCAUCAUUCAUAACAUCAACUUAUAGUUUAAUAUUAUAUAGUAUUAGAGAAAUAGUGCGACAAACACGAAUCAACAAAAUAACUUCAAAAACAAAACCAACCAACAAACAAUCUGAGUCUGAGGUAAGAUUGUUUCAGAAAGCAUUUUCGUUAAUUAUGCUGCAUCGCUUGCCAAGUUUUCGUCAACAUAAAAAACAGCAACAGCAGCAUAAGCAACAAUAUUCUAAUAAACAAAAACUUCAACAACAAAAAGUAAGUCGUCACCAGCAAAUAGAAGAAGAAUCAGCAUCUUUCUUAGCGAAUGGACAGGAACUUCUAAGAAUUAAAAACAAACUUAAAAGAUAUAUUAAUAUCUCCAAUUGUAACACCAAAUCAACUUCUUAUACUAAAAAUACAAACAAAAGAAAUAUUCAAAGCAAUAUAUUACCAGGAGCAGAAUUAUUGUUCGCAUCAUCAUCAACCAUUACACCAAUAAUAAAAACCCCAAAAGCCAGAAAAUUAAGUAGAAACUAUUGUAUACAAAUCCACAACACCAAUAACAAACAUAGAAUAAUAAGUUAUCGAAUAAGUGAAACAAAUAAUACUAAUUGUCGUUGUUGGAAUCGAAAUCGCAAUCAAAACCAUCGUAAUAUUAUUAGAAAAAAUUACAAAUCGUCAGUCGCUGACGUUAAUCAAUAUAAAGAAUUGAUUUCAACAACAAUUAGUGUAAACAAAACCAUUAAAACACCAACAAAUUCCAACGUCUCGUUGUUUUCCUCCUCGUUAUUUUCGUCGUUUUUAUUCUUGUCGUCCUUAACACAGUCGUUGUUAUUGUCAUCGUUCUCGUCAUUUACGUCAAGUUUUAAACAAUAUACGUGGUGUUUUUUGUUGUCAUUCAGCUCAAACUUAAAACUGCUAACAAAGCCAUCGUCAACAUCAUCGUCGUCCUUUUUAUUAAAUUCAUUGAAAUUUGUUAUAAAUCACGUAUGAGUAAUGCGAAGUUAAUGGCGACUUAAAAACAUUAAAAUUAAUUAAACAACAAAAAAAAACAAAAACCAAGAAACUCACAAAUGCGUAUGUUUUGUUACUAAUAAUUUUAAACUAAAAAAUCGAAAAUAUUCAAAUAAAAAGUCGAAAAAAUAAAGAAGAAAAAGCGGAGUCUUUAAUUUAUAAAAAAAUAUAUAUAUUUAAAUCUCAAAUUUUGUGUAUAUACAAUAAAAAAAUACAAAGUUAAAAGUAUAUCUUUAUAUAUUUAUACACGCAAAAGGAUUAAGUAUAAACUUCAUCACGUCACAGAAAAAAAUUAUGUAUGGAAAGUCAAAAAAUUCAACAGUGCCCUCGGAUGCACAAGCUAGAGAAAAACUUGCCCUUUAUGUUUAUGAAUACCUCCUACACGUUGGCGCACAGAAAGCUGCACAGACAUUUCUUUCUGAAAUCCGAUGGGAGAAGAAUAUAACAUUAGGGGAGCCGCCUGGGUUUCUUCACACAUGGUGGUGUGUAUUUUGGGACUUGUACUGCGCAGCACCAGAACGAAGAGAUCAGUGUGACCAUUCAUCAGAAGCUAAAGCGUUUCACGAUUACGGAUUCGUGAGUUCUGGUUAUGGUGUAAAUGGAAUUGGUGGACAUAAUGCGGGUCCAGCACCAAGCCCAUUAGGACAGUUACCACCAAAUGAAGGGAUGCCAGGAGGUCCCAUGGCACCUAACUUUUUUCCUAAUUCCACAAUGCGGCCAUCACCACCUACUCAUUCAUCAAGUCAACAGUCCCCGCACCCCCAACCCCCACCAUCACAAAUGAUGCCUGGUCAGCCGUUCAUGGGAGCGCCUAGAUAUCCAUCCGGUCCAAGGCCGGGCGUUCGGAUGCCACAAGGAAUUGGAAACGAUUUCAAUGGACCACCAGGGCAACCAAUGAUGCCAAACAGUAUGGACCCAACAAGACAAGGAGGCCCUCCUGGUAUGGGUCCUAUGAAUCCGCGUAUGAAUCCACCCCGUGGUCCUGGAAUGGGCGGACCCAUGGGACCUGCUACAUAUGGACCAGGAAUGAGAGGUCCACCUCCAAAUAGUAGUUUAGCUCCUGGAGGACCGGGAAUGCCUCCAAUGGGUAUGGCUGGAGGAAGACCACAAUGGCAACCAAAUACAUCAACGCCAAUGAACUAUUCAUCGUCAUCGCCUGGGAAUUAUGGCCCGCCAGGUUCGAGUGGACCUCCUGGACCCGGAACGCCUAUCAUGCCAUCCCCGCAAGACUCAUCGAAUUCAGGAGGUGAAAAUAUGUACACUCUAAUGAAACCAGUUCCAAGUGGCAAUAUGGGAAGUGAAUUCCCAAUGGGUGGAGGACCAGAUGGUGGUCCUAUGGGACCUAUGGGUCCCAAUACAAUGGGACCUGUACUUAAUGGAGAUGGACUAGAUGGAAUGAAAAACUCACCCGCUAAUGGUGGGCCUGGAACGCCGAGAGAAGAUUCAGGGAGCGGUAUGGGUGAUUACAAUUUAAGCGGCUUUGGUGGGCCAGGAGAAAAUGACCAAACUGAGUCGGCAGCUAUCCUGAAAAUUAAGGAAAGCAUGCAGGAAGAGGCGAAACGUUUCGAGAAAGACUCUGAUCAUCCUGAUUAUUUUAUGCAAUAACAUCCCUCUUUUCUUAAGGCUAAUUUUAAUUUUUAAUUAAACAUAGAAAACAACUUGUGGAAAUGAUUGUUACUUAGGAUUUUUUAAAAAUAAGAAUGAAAAAGUGAACAAACGGAUUUAAAUUUAUUAUACUAAUACAUAACACACCACAAAAUUCUUUUACAAAAUUUUUACUCUUCUUUUUAAAUACAAGUUAAAAAUAAAGAAAACAAAAAUAAUAUCUUAAUAAUAAUAAGUUGGAAUACUGAAUUCAAAUUUUCAUCCCUUUUCUUUGUAUUAAAUUUUUUUGUAUGUAUAAAAAUUAGUUAAAAUAAAAAAAUUAAGAACCUAUAGAAAAAAUUAAAACACAGUAUAUUUUAAGACAAAAUGAAAACAUAAAAAGGAAAAAAAAAAACAAACGAGAAAAGAGAAAUGAGAAAACAAGUUUCCUUCAUGCCGAAAAAAAAACAUAACAUGAUAUUAAACUAAUCUAUUAUAUUGAUAUGUUCAAAUUAAAAUACAAAAAUUAAUUAAUUUAACUUUUUUUUUCUUAUAAUCUUUUUAAAUUUAAUCUUAAAAGUUAUACAUUUACAAUUUAAAAAAACAAAAUGCAUUUUCCUAUUUCAACCUUUCCUUUAUAUAUUAUUUUGCUGGUUGAUCAUGAUCUUUAGUUAGUUUUAUAUAAAUAAGAAGAGAAUAUUGUAUUUUCUCUAGGAGCAAAGCAAAUUAAUUUUAAUCUGUAAAUAAUAAAAAAAACUUAUAAUAAUGAGAAUAAAUAUAAAAUGAAU